AUGAGCGCUCCUCGACCCCGCGUUGCCUCCAGUCGCGUCGAUGCCGACAGGCCGAGUCGCGGCGCCGCAUCGCCGCUCCAAGACAUGGAUCCGCGCACGAGUACCUCGAGCCAGAAACACAGACUGUCUCGAGACCAGAAAACCAUGUCUGAGAAGCGCACCGAGCGUACUGUGAUCACAACAAAGGAAAAAGCGGUGCGGAGGAAUCUUCCCAAGGAGUUCAACGUCGCCAUCAAUGCUUCGAAAUGGGAAGACAAACCCAGGAAGACCGGCCAGGCGGAGGGCGCGAGUCCUGGUAGUAAGAAGAGGGAACCCGUGGCGGAAAAUGCACCAUGGAAUCCGCACGCAUCUCUCAUUCCACACUCAACGGCUCCGCUCGCCUGUCGAGUAUCUGUUCCUCCGUCUGCAUCGGCAGCACCGCAGUCGCUCCAUCCCCGACCAUUUAAAGAACUGUCAUCGGAUGCGCAAGAAGCCGCGAUCCUCGAGGAUCUGCUUUUCGUCUUCAUGGGCUUCGAGGGCCAGUACAUCCACUAUCACGGCUCGUACGAUUCAUCUGCCGAGAAAGAUCGCUUGACCGGCCCGAUAUUUCAGUUCGCGCCGGGGUUGGAUCCUACCCUGCGGGAUCUCACACAGUCUAUGUUGAAGAUGGCGACUCAUUACAGUGCCAUGGAGGCGUUUGUCGAGAUCCAGAGUCGCGCAGAGUACGGAGCUGUCAGCCAUGCUCUUUGCGCAGCCAUUCGAAAAUUGCUAAAGGACUACUUAAUUCUUAUCGCUCAGCUGGAAGGCCAACUGCUAAACAACCCCACUUUUACUCUUCACCAACUUCACCUUCAUACUAUGCCGACAAGUCAAUGCCUUGCGCAGCUGUACUUCUUGGGACAGGAGCUUCUUCGUCGCAAUGGUCUCCUAGAUCAAGACCUUGACGAGUCCAUGGAUGAUUUUGGUGACGUUGAUAACAUUCUCGAACAACUAAAGGAAGGAGGCGAUCUUGUGCCGGGCGCCAUGUCUAGCAAGAAGAUUUGCAAGGGCGGCAAUAUUUUGAGGCUUCUGACAGAGCGCUUGGCUACCUUCUCCGGUGACCCAACGACAAAGACUUUGAUUCAGUCAUUGUUACGCGACGCCAGUCGGCCAUAUAUGAAUAUGCUGAACGAAUGGCUGCACCACGGUGGCAUCAAGGAUCCUCAUGCCGAGUUCUUGGUGAAGGAGCAAAAGUGGAUUAAACGAGAGAAAUUGGAAGAAGACUACACCGACGAAUACUGGGAGAAGCGUUACACAAUUCGCGACAAAGAGGUUCCACCGCAGCUUGACAGUGUUCGAGAUAAAGUGCUUCUGGCAGGCAAAUAUCUAAACGUGGUACGAGAGUGCGGUGGUGUCGAUAUUAGUAAAGCCGUCCAAGAUGUUCCCAAGACCCUCGAUGAUCCACGCUUCCUGGACAAUGUUAAUGCAGCAUACACUUACGCCAAUGCCUCCCUGCUCAACCUUCUUUUGACGAAAAAUUCACUUACGACUCGAUUCCGCUCCCUCAAACAUUACUUCUUCCUUGACCGGUCCGACUUUUUUUCUUAUUUCCUUGAGCUUAGCGCAUCGGAGUUGCGUAAGCAUGCGCGAAAUGUGAACGAGGGCAAGCUUCAGUCGCUUCUUGAUAUCGUGCUACGCCAGCCGGGAAGUAUCGCUGCACAAGACCCUUUCAAAGAAGAUGUCAAGGUGCGAAUGAACAAGAUUGGUCUCACAAAGUGGCUGAUGGAGGUCGUGAGUGUCUCGGGUAUGGACCAGGAGAAUCCGCAAGCGUCUGUUGAAAAGCAACAAGCCUCUGCAGCUCAGACUGCCGAUGACGACAAGGAUAUCCUGGGAUUCGACGCACUGGAGCUGGACUACUCAGUACCGUUCCCAUUGUCUCUUGUCAUCAGUCGCAAAACAGUCUUGAGAUAUCAACUUAUUUUCCGACACCUGCUGUCACUGCGGCAUCUGGAGACGCUGCUAGUCACGUCCUGGGCCGAUCACAACAAGACGGCCAGCUGGCGACAUAAGUCAUCAGACCGCAGGCUGGAGAUGUGGAAGCGACGGGCAUGGAAUCUGCGUGCAAAGAUGCUUGUUUUCGUGCAGCAGCUUCUAUACUUUUGCACAGCCGAAGUUGUGGAGCCAAACUGGGUGGGACUGAUGGAGCGAGUCAAUGGAGCUAGUGCCGGGACCGAACUGACUGUGAAUGGAAGGAAACAGGCCAACCGCACGGUGGAUGAGCUUAUGCAGGACCAUGUGGACUUCCUGGACACAUGUCUCAAGGAGUGCAUGCUGACCCAGGCCAAGCUCCUGAAGGUACGUGGUGAGACGAUAUUCUGGCAAACAGGUACUAACAGAGAGAAGAUCCAUUCCAAGUUGAUGACUUGCUGCACGAUGUUCGCCCAAUGGACAUCUCAAACUCUUUCACGGGCCUUGAUUUCAGCCGACCCAGACCUGGCAGGCAAGGCGACCGAAGGCGAUCCGCGGGCGUACCCCUUUGAUCCAGCGCGCAUGGGCAAGCUUGAAGAUACUCUCAAGCGAUAUGAAGAUCACUUCAACCGCCAUUUACGGAUUCUUAUGGACAGUCUGAACUAUUUCGCGGCAACUGAGAGUGUGGUCUUGUUGAAGCUGGCACACUCUUUGAGCUCGAUCAGCAAAGAAGAUUGA